AUGUUUGCUCGAAGUAUAAUCGCUUUGGUAGCACUAUCGACAGCUUCGUUUGUCGGAGGUUUAAACAUCCUCUUGACUAACGAUGAUAGUUGGGCAUCGGCUAAUAUCAGGGCAACGUACACUGCACUCAAAGCUGCUGGGCAUGACGUUCUAAUGGUUGCACCAGCCAUCAAUCAAUCUGGACAUGGAGGAACUUUCGUUUUGCCUUCUGGAAACAUCACGGCUCCAGGAGGAGAAUUUGGUUCAAUCCCUGUGGGCGCACCGUUUUUUGGACAGGAUGCGACAAAUCCUGACCUAUGGUAUUUCAAUGGCACCCCCGCUGCUGCUGCGAUCUGGGGCAUAGACGUUAUAGCGCCUAUGCACUUUGGCAACAAGACAAUCGACCUUGCCGUGUCCGGCCCCAAUGAGGGUCAGAAUAAUGGCCCAUUCUCGUUCACCAUCAGUGGCACUAUCGGUGCUUCUUAUGCAUCCGUUGAGCGUGGGAUUCCCGCCAUCGCAUUUUCCGCUGGUAAUGGCACUCACAGAUCUUUUACUACCAACGCUGGCGCCGAGAAUGAUCCCGCUAAUAUUGCUGCCGCACUUGUGACGAAAUUUGUUGCCGCUCUCGCUGAAGGAGUCAAACCGUCGUCUCGCCUCCUUCCCUUGGGUCUCGGGUUCAACGUCAACUUCCCUGUGUUUGGGCCCACUAGUAAUUGCACGAACCCGCCCUUCGUUCUCACCCGUCUCACUAGUGGAGCGACCAUCAACAAACUUUCAAUAGACCCCACAACCGGCCUUCCUUCGUCCACAAAUAUUCAAGCACCUGGCCUAAAUACAGUCCUUAAUGGUUUACCCAACCUUCCCGGUGAAACACCUACAAGUGCCGGGUGUGCUACCGCUGUCAGCGUAUACUCUGUCGACUAUGAUGCUCCGGUCACUGCUGCGGCGCCCAUCCAGGCUCAUCUCGCACCUCUUUUCCAGAGAUCACAUGAGAAGUGAUAGCAAGACGAGAGCAUGAACGGAAGUUGAUUGUUGGGAUAGCAUGCCUAGCAAAUCGAGUUCAUUGAGAAUGUUCUGCUGACAAGUGCAUGAUGCGAUACGACAUGACGAGCACAGACUUGAUCUCAGGUAAUGUACAACGGUAGAUACCUCCGUCUCCAGGUAGUGAGACAGUGCGCGCGCAGCAAUAGAUCGAAGGGUGGG